AUGCAAAGCCCUUAUAGCCAGCACCAAGGCGACGCUCGCACCGCCGGGGGCGCUCUGCUGGCAGGCGCCAGCGGCGUUACUGGAAUGCCGUCUCGAACCUUCUCUGGAGACUCGGAUCACAGCACGCCCACCGGUCCGCAAGGCCAACGCAAUCCUUUCACAUCCAGUAUUCUCGGUCAGGACUCGUAUCAGCCAUACGUGCACAGCCAGAACAACCAGAAUGCUGCUGGCUUUCAACAAAUGGUCGCGGGGUCUAGCGGGUCGAAACGCAAGGGCUCACCAGCAGAUCAUCCCAACGGCAGCAAAAGGUCGCCAAACUCUCACGAUGCUUCGCCUGGUCGGGCAGGUAGCUCUAGUGACCUGAAUGGAGGCUCGCAGUCCAACGGCUACCUUUCUGGUGGGGCAGCAGCUGGCACGAAGAGAAUCAAGACUGCCAGAGCGUGUGAUUCCUGUCGAAGGAAAAAGAUUCGGUGCGACGUUAUCGAGGACGACGCCGCCCCCCUAGGAGAUCCUAACAAUGGCAACGGAGGCUUGAUAUGCGCGCACUGUCGACAAUACGGCUUUGAAUGCACUUUUUUCCUGCCGAUCACUGAGACGCGCUUCAAGAAGAAGCACGAGCGUGAAAGGGAGGAAGCAGCGCAAGCCCAGGCCCAAGCUGCUGCUGCCCACGCUGUUAUGGCCCAUCGAAUGGCCGCAUCUGCUGGCCUUCCGCAAGCGGGUCCAACGGCAGCAUUCCCUCUGCACUCAGGACCAUUGCCUUCUGCCCCACUGUCCGGCAUCGCAGCGGGUCGAUACGCUUCUUAUGCGGCUGCGCAGCCAAUGUCAGCACUAGAUGCGACCGGGCCCAGACAUAUCAGUGCGACACAAGAAUGGCCUCCUCGCAACCCUUCGAGUGCUUCUGUCGCAGAGGGUUCGAGCUCCAGAUUAGCAGUCAGCCCCAAGUCGGCACCCACACACGCUCGACCUUCGGGUAGUGCAUCCGACAGCGGAAAGACGUCGCCACCACCACCGAAUACAAGAGUGCUCGGUCCGACCAGCAUUGCUUACAUAGUGCACUCGACCGCUUUCGUGCCUGGUGCUGCGAUCGAGGAACACGAUUUGAAGCACCAUCAAACUUUUGAAGUGGGUGCUUCUGGCGAUGGCAUCAUCAAGUUCCACAAACCUCCCCGACGGCAGUCGCAUCAAGGCUCGAUCUCAUCAGAAGCAGAUGACUCUGAUGACCUUCUCGCUGUGCCUGACGCCUUACGCUCCAGGCUUGCUGGCGAUGUUGCCGAGAAGCUGGUCAACACGUACUUCGAGAGGAUAGGAUACCUAUUCCCCGUCAUCACCAAGAGCGAGUUCCUGAGUCAGACUCCGCCACCACCUUUGCUGCUCUACGCCAUCUGCGGCAUGGCAGCGUUGAGCCGGGAGACGCCUAGAGAGGUCUUGGGCGCAGUCAAGAUGACUCUUGCUGCCUUUUUCAAGGAGAACGACCUGCUCAGCAAUUCUAGCAUCCACACAGUGAAAGCGCUGCUUAUCAUGAGUCUACACAGCGACCUGCAUGGCUUGAAUAACGUUUCUAGUGGAACCCGGUGCUGGAAUAGGACCGGCAUAGCGAUUCGAAUGGCCCAGGACCUCGGCAUCCAUCGCGAUGCUUCUGGGCGCGACGAUUUAGAUGGCGAUGCUUUCUUCCUAGAGCAAAAGCGACGAAUUUGGGGUUGUUGCGUCACUGCGGACAGGUGCACCUCGAUCUCUCUCGGGCACCCGCUUGCGAUCGACCUUACGGAUUGUGACGUUCGUCUGCCGUCCCCGCUUGAAAUUUUGCGCCACCCCUCGGACCUACGCGCCAAUCCAGCUUUAGAGCGUCCGUUCGCAUUCAACACAGAGAUGCUCAAGCUUAGCAUCCUUUUUGGACGAACGCUCAAGACGAUCUACAGCCCAACGGGUCUGAUGAAGACCACCGACGAGGAGAUUGUCAGUUUGCUUGCUGACAUUGACAGUUGGAAAGAGUCUCUGCCAGCUGAGCUGCGGUAUGAUGGACCCGACGCCCAAGCACCCGCUGGCAUUUUGCACACCUGCUUCGCCUGCUUGCAGCAUCUCUUCUUCCGCGUCUUCAUGCGUAUUUCGUACAGCUGCCCACAGCACCUCAGUUUCAGCUUGAACAUUGAAAGAAUGACGGCGAUGAUCAAGAACGCUCGGGAGGCCAUCGAAUGGGUAGAUAGGAACGAAUUCUAUUUAGACACCCUCCAUUUCCUAAGCUACUCGCUGGUGUUCUGCGCCACAAUUCAGUAUCAUGCAUGGAUGCGACGAGGGGAUCAACAGGCUUUCGAGACUCUACGCAAGUGCAAGGAGUGCGUGACCCGUCACAAGCCGGAAGGCGCUCGCCACGACCUAUCGCUCCGUGCCAAGACUGGUGAAGUGGUCGCCUUGCUCUUCAAAUCGGCAACCGGGGUGUACAAUACCGUUGAUGGCAAACCGAGCUCAGGGGCUCUGAACCCCACUGCCGGUGUCACUAAUCGUCGAACGACGGACACGGUCAGGGGCAUUGUCUUCAAAGCAGAUCAGUCCAAGCCUGGGGGAGGGGUGUAUGUAGUCGCCGACAGAAAGCUGCUUCUCAAUGAUCUGCCGACCGGCACCAUCCUGCUCCACGAGACUGCUGCUGGGCGCGUCCCUGCACUGGUGCGGACCUCGGACGAAGCUAAUGGCGGCUGGCAGGCAUUCCCACGCCAGACUGCAGCUGCUCAAGAUGGAAAGGCUAGUGCUUCACCACAAGGCCAGCCUUCAAGCGAUCUGACUCACAUUGCCGGAACUGUGUUCCAAGACGCUGAGGGUAUCCCAGUCGAUAGACGCGGCUCACGCAUGAUCACGAUGAUACCAGUAGGUCAGCCAGGCAUGCCACAGCAGCAUCAGCUUCAACUUCUCCAAGCUGCACAGCAGGCAGCGCUUCAGCAGCAACAGUCUGACUCUAGUGCGCCGAACCCGCCUCCGGAAAACUCUGCGGCCGCUGGCUGGCAGUCCGACGCUGGUCUCAACGCAGACAAUGGCAACUCGCUCUUGCAGCACCGUCCAUCGCUCAGUGCUGGCAAUCUCGGCAAUGUCAAUCCGCAUCUGAACGAUGCGUCCUGGGCAUCGACUCUGGCCAGCUUGGGCUUUCCCGCCGAUGCAUACACCUUCGAUGGCCAGAACGUGUUUCCGCUUGGCAACGCGACCAGCGCAGACGCCUCCGCCGGUUUUGAGCCGCUGGUCAUCGACGGCUUCCCGGAUGGCUUGGAUGUUUGGGGUGCGUGGGCACAACAGCUCAGCCGCGCCAAUGGCAUGGGAGCGCUCGACGCGUCCACCACUGGCGGUGGCUUCUCAAACUCCAACGGUGCUCAGCACUCGGGUGACAGUGGAUACAGCGCUGCAAUUACCGCUCCUCCCACACUUGGUAGCCUAGCAAAUGGCGGUUUCUGA